ACAAUAAAACACAUAGAUUCAGAUAGCGACACAUCACACUCAACUCAAGUGUGUAUGAUGGAGCGUCGGCAGCACCGCUCAUCGUCAAGCUCAAUGCUGGUGCCGUACGCCCUCCGCCCGCGCGCGGUGGUUCCGGCCAGCGCCUCAGCCAGAAUCCUCCGCGCCUAUGAAACUCAUCGUGGAUAUCGAUAUCGGAGGAUGAUGGUUUCUGGAGGAAAGUUGUUGAGAGUGGAUAAUGAAGGAUGCAGGAAUCAUUUGGCUGUUGUAAGGGAAGCCCCCAAUAUUGUUCCAGAUGGUUGGAUUGUGGAGGAGGUACGUCGUAAGUAUGUGAAGUCCACCGACAAGUAUUACUGCGAACCUGAGACUGGACUCAAGUUUCGCUCCCUGAUUGCCAUUGAGAGGUACCUGGCAGGAUUGGACGAAGACGCCCCAUUAUCCAGGACUUUAGAAGGAAUUAUGGAAAAUAAACCUCUUGCACGGGCUUUUAAACUGGAAAAUCACAAGAGCUCAACUCGAGGGAAGAAAGAUACAUCGCGCAAAAAAUUGCAAGCCUCAUCUUUUAUCGAGCCACCAGUAAAAGUGACUUGGGUUAUUGCCAGUCCACAAGGGGAUUCAUGGAAUCCUUUCAUCUCCAAGUCAUUGGUCCCUGAUGCUGUUAAGCAACAAUGGACAAACCGAUUCAUGCUCUUCAUGACGGAUGGAACCAGCAAUUUUCAGAACUUCCAGGCGUAGAGUUGGAGAUUACCCCUUCCGUCGAGGAUUAGGAGAUGUUAGGACACUGGUUCUUCAGUUUAUAUGUACUGUAACUGCUGCUGCUGUUGUUGUACAUCUUUAUUGUUGUUAGUGUACAUUCCUAAGACUUGCUAGUUAUGUCAUGUAUAUAUUCUUCUUCCUAGUUGAUGUAACAAUGUGUAUUAUCAAAACGUUGCAGCAAUAUAUGAUCAACUAUUUUCUAUUUUCA